AUGGGAGAUGGCGGGGCGGGUGGUCGGGCCGGUAGCGCAAACGACUGCUGUAUCACCCGGCUGCUCAGCGUUGUCGAGAGCGAACUCCAGGCCGGUCGGGAGAAGGGCGAUCCCACAGAGAAGCAGCUGAAGGUGAGCCUGGAGGAGGCUGAGCUCUGGAGGAAAUUCAAAGAAGUCACCAACGAAAUGAUAGUGACUAAGAAUGGCAGGCGCAUGUUUCCAGUGCUGAAGGUGAGCGUCUCAGGCCUGGACCCCAACGCCAUGUACUCCUUCCUGCUGGACUUCAUCCCGGCCGACGGCCACCGCUGGAAGUACGUGAACGGGGAGUGGGUGCCGGCGGGCAAGCCUGAGCCCCACAGCCACAGCUGCGUCUACAUCCACCCCGACUCGCCCAACUUUGGGGCCCACUGGAUGAAGGCUCCCGUGUCCUUCAGCAAGGUCAAGCUCACCAACAAGCUCAAUGGAAAUGGCCAGAUAAUGCUGAACUCCCUGCAUAAGUAUGAGCCACAGAUCCAUAUAGUCCGUGUUGGUGGUAACCAUCGAAUGGUCACCAAUAUUUCUUUUGUGGACACCCAGUUCAUCGCCGUCACUGCCUACCAGAAUGAAGAGAUAACAGCUCUGAAGAUCAAGCACAAUCCUUUUGCAAAGGCUUUUUUGGAUGCCAAAGAAAGGAACCACCCAAAGGGCAUUCUGGAGACGGCUCCUGACAAUCAACAUGUUGGGAUCCCUCACUUAGGUGGCUGGUUUAUCUCUAAUCCGGAGUCCUUGUGCACCUCUGGAGGGGGUAACUUCCCCUACCCCGGGGGCCUGCCUCUCGCCCCGCACCACGGGUACAAGCCCUACCCCAGCCUGCACGGGCACCGCUCAGCCCCCUACCCCUCCACCUACCUCCACCACCGCUCACACUCCUCUGUGUCCAUCUCUGAGACUCUGACUCCAGGCCCGCGACAGGUCUUCUCUGGCCAUGACAGCUGGGGGGGCGUCUCGGUGUCCCCCUCUGGAGCCCUUGGCGUGUUACCCAUCCCACCAUCCUCCUCACCCUCCCCUGGACCCAGCAGGUACACGGCCAUGCCCCCCACAGGACAAACUUUGCAUGGAGGACAGUCAGUCUAA